AUGCAGGGUGCUUCGAAACUCCUGUCCCAUGUGGCAAAAGAUGGAGUCCUAUCACAGAUGGGACUUAUCUCCCUCCUCACACUUGCCAAGCUGUCCAAGGUGAUCGUCAAGAUUUCGGGUCUGUAUCGAGCGUCUGAUCGGACGACCGCCCGUUUCGAUGACACUCGGGAGAUCAUUGAAGCCUUCGCGAAGGAGAUACCAGACCAGUGCAUUUGGGGAAGUGAUUGGCCCCACACAGGGGAAGGUAAGGAUCGAACAAAACAGCGUAGCUUAUCUACCAUGGAACCAUUUCGAGUCAUUGAUAAUCAAGCUCUGCUGGAGAAUUUGAGGAAAUGGGUUGGGAGUGAGGUAUGA